ACGCUUUGGAUUCCCCGGGCCUGGGUGGGGAGAGCGAGCUGGGUACCCUCUACAUCCCCCACCCCCAGCGCCCCAUGAGCGGACCCUCGGCCCCAUGGAGCCUGGCAAUUAUGCCACCUUGGACGGGGCCAAGGAUAUCGAAGGCUUGCUGGGAGCAGGAGGGGGUCGGAAUCUAGUCGCCCACUCCCCACUGCCCAGCCAUCCAGCGGCUCCUACACUAAUGCCCGCUGUCAACUAUGGCCCUCUGGAUCUGCCAGGCUCUGCAGAGCCACCAAAGCAAUGCCACCCGUGUCCUGGGGUGCCCCAGGGGGCAUCCCCAGCGCCAGUGCCUUAUGGCUACUUUGGAGGCGGGUACUACUCCUGCCGGGUGUCCCGGAGCUCGCUGAAACCUUGUGCCCAGGCGGCCACUCUGGCUGCCUACCCCACGGAGACUCCUGCAGCUGGAGAGGAGUACCCUAGUCGCCCCACCGAGUUUGCCUUCUAUCCGGGGUAUCCGGGACCCUACCAGCCUAUGGCCAGUUACCUGGAUGUGUCGGUGGUGCAGACCCUCGGUGCCCCUGGGGAGCCUCGACAUGACUCCCUGCUGCCUGUGGACAGUUAUCAGCCUUGGGCCCUGGCCAGUGGCUGGAACAGCCAGAUGUGUUGCCAGGGUGAACAGAACCCACCGGGUCCCUUUUGGAAGGCGGCAUUUGCAGACUCCAGCGCGCAGCACCCUUCCGAAGGCUGUGCCUUCCGCCGCGGCCGCAAGAAACGCAUCCCCUAUAGCAAGGGGCAAUUGCGAGAGCUGGAGCGCGAGUACGCGGCUAACAAGUUCAUCACCAAGGACAAGAGGCGCAAGAUCUCAGCAGCCACCAGUCUAUCCGAGCGCCAGAUUACCAUCUGGUUUCAGAACCGCAGGGUCAAGGAAAAGAAGGUUCUCGCCAAGGUCAAGACCAGCGCUACCCCGUGAGGGAUUUUCCUGGUUGAGUGGGGGAAGGGGAAGGUGGGGUGUCCUGAGGAGACCAGAAAACUUGCCAGAGCCUGACUGGGCAAAGGACUCCGUGAGGGGCCCCCAGAGAUGACAUUCUUUGCAGGCCACUGGCUCCUGGACUAUUCCUCAGGUGCAGCCUGGGCAUCCUGUAUGUAUGUGCCAGGAGAGUGAGGUUUAGAAUUACAGUUCUCUCUGCCAGGGUUCCUAAAGAAUCCAUCCCAGUCAUAAUCAUUCAUUCUAACAGUGGUGAUAAUCAUGAUAACCAGUACUAGUUGCCAUGAUAAUUAGUCUCAUAUUUUCUAUCUAGAGCUCUGUAGAGCACUUUAGAAACUGCUUUCAUGAGUUGAACUGAUUAUGAAUAAACUUGGAAGGCGAUCCCUUUGCAGGG